AUGUCUUCUAAAGUGCAAAAGAUUAUGGUUCAACCCAUUAAUCUGAUUUUCAGAUACCUUCAAAACAAAUCCAGAGUCCAAAUCUGGUUGUUUGACAAAAGUGAUUUAAGAAUUGAGGGUCAAAUCAUUGGUUUCGAUGAAUUCAUGAACUUGGUUCUUGACAGCGCUGAAGAGAUUGAUACCAAGAACAAUACUAGACUCAAAGUUGGCCGUCUCAUGUUGAAGGGCGACAACAUCACUCUGAUACAAGGUGUCGAGAAUUAA